AUGGGUUUUCAUUCUGAUUCGCAAAAGAAUGGUUAUGGUGUAGGAGGAAAUUGUGUUGUGGGGUUUAAAAGUUUGAUAAGAAGAAAACAGGUUGAUUCAAUUCAUGCAAAGUCGUCUGGUGUUCUUGGUGGUCAUCUUCAAUUAGCCAAGGAGUUAUCUGUUCCUCACCUGAUUGCUAUAGGUGUUGGUUCAACAAUCGGCGCUGGGGUAUAUAUUCUUGUUGGUACAGUUGCAAGAGAGCAUUCUGGUCCAGCCCUCAUCUUUUCCUUUCUAAUAGCUGGGAUAGCAGCUGCCCUUUCUGCCUUCUGCUAUGCCGAGCUUGCAAGUCGUUGCCCAUCUGCUGGGAGUGCCUAUCAUUAUUCGUACAUAUGUGUUGGAGAAGGUGUUGCUUGGUUGGUUGGUUGGGCUCUGAUAUUGGAAUAUACAAUUGGUGGUUCUGCAGUUGCUCGUGGCAUAUCUCCAAAUCUGGCCUUACUUUUCGGGGGUGCAGAUAGUCUGCCAGCUUUUCUAGCCCGUCACUAUAUUCCCGGGCUUAAUGUUGUGGUUGACCCAUGUGCAGCAGUCUUAGUUUUUGUUGUCACUGGACUCUUGUGUGUGGGAAUCAAAGAGAGCACACUUGCGCAAGGAAUAACCACGGCAGCAAAUAUAUGUGCCAUGAUUUUUGUCAUUGUAGCUGGUGGAUAUCUAGGUUUUAAAACUGGAUGGCCUGGCUAUGAACUUCCUACUGGGUAUUUUCCAUUUGGGGUAGACGGGAUGCUUGCGGGGGCUUCAACAGUCUUCUUUGCAUACAUUGGUUUUGAUUCAGUUGCUAGUACUGCAGAGGAGGUGAAGAAUCCUCAACGAGAUUUGCCUCUAGGUAUUGGAUCUGCAUUGUCUAUAUGUUGCACGUUAUAUAUGCUGGUCUCUGCAGUCAUUGUUGGUCUAGUACCCUAUUAUGCGCUGGAUCCUGACACCCCCAUCUCCUCUGCUUUUGCUAGCCAUGGAGUUCAGUGGGCAGCGUAA